CUUCCUUGUAGAUGGAAUGUACUUCUUGUGCGCUCAGAGUACAUGCAGAUUAAGCAGGACUUAGAGAAAGCGGAGUUGCAAAAAUGGUUCUCAGUUACAGGACUAACGAAGUGGGGAGCCGAACAUGAUUAUGUCAUUGUUGGUCAAUCCAGUAUAGGUAUACUGUAUCCAUAUAUGCUAUUGUUCUACUCUUUUCUAACAGUGAGUAAGGAAAAUCAUAUUUUCUUUCAUACUUGUUAGUGCAUUGCCUCAUUAUGGGCAAGCCAAUAGUUUAUAGGGAGAAUGAUCACAAGUGAUUUCUCUUUAGCCAGCAGGUGGCUGGUUAGCAAUUAGAUGCCAUGUUCCUGUUUAACCUUCCACUGGAGAAACAACAGAACCUCUGGAUACUUACUAGUAACGAAAUGACUGAUCCAGGUUGGUGUCAGAAUUGUAAUUUGUGGUUUGUGGUACUGGCGGCACGGCCGAGCCAGGUAGCCAAUUAAGAUUUGUGGAGGAGUGAGCGGAAUGCUACAGUUUGUUACAUGAGUCACUAGAAAUGGAAUGAAAUUUUUGCCAUGUUCUUGUAGUGAUCCCCUUCUCCAACUUGUGUCUCCAUGCCAAGAUUUGGCACCUCUUUGGAAUAGCCUCCACACGGCUGCUGAGAGGAUAGUGUUGGGGCUGCUCUUCGGGGUGAGGGAUUGCACUCUGCUACUGCCUUGGCAACUGCGACUCCAGCUCAAUAUCUGGCAUUGAGUUUGUAUCACCGGUAAUAGAGUUUUGAUUAGACUCAAAGGCUAAACUGUAUAAGCCUUUGAGGGGAAUAUUCUAAAAGAGGUGCUAAUUAUUUGCAUGGAAAUGCUUGUAUAUUUAAUUUACCUGCUAACUAGUUCGUACUAUCAUACUUUAUACAAGGCGAAGCAAGCGAGUCAGAGCGAGAAGGAGAAGCUUUACGCGGUAUGUGCUGCUUUUGGCCCAGUUGCAAGAACUUGCUUGCAGGAGAUAUCAAUAACAAAUGACCAAGCAUAUGAGUGGAGCCUGAGAAGUUAUUUCCACGUGGUGAAUGAGGGUGUCGGGGCAUUUAUUUCAUCAGGUGAAUAUAGCGAUUUAGAUGACCCUGUGAUGGACAAAGCAUUAGCCAAACUAAGUAUUUUGGAACCAAUAAAUAACAGAGAAUUCUCUCAAUUGCUGAUAGCAACAAGACUGAUUAGCUUCUGCAUUUUUCAAUCGGCGAAGCAGGCUGCCAAGCUGAGCUUCUAUGGUUUAUACCAAAACAUCUCAUGGUAGCGACCACUCAGCACCGCUGUAGGGUAGAUAUCCGAAGGGUAUUCACAUGAAUAGUUUCAACAUGGGGGUCCCUUUGUCGCUAAGAAAAUUGGUGAGUAUCCCAAGCCCAUGAUAGACUUGGGAUUUACAAUUAAUAGAUCAAAAUCCAUAUCCACUAACAAUUUCACAGAUGCGACGGACUUAGGCAGGCAGGCUUGGGCUCCAGGCAGCAGAGAUAUUGAGACCUCUGGUAUUGGAAAAUUCUUUCUACUAUGUGGCUGAAAUUUCGAGUAUGUCAAUAGACCAAUGGUUUCUGAACCCAAUGCAUUAAUUAUUUUUCAAAUCACUAUCGCUGCGACUCAUGACAUCAAACAGCAUGGGAUCCAGGCCCUCUUGCAGGUGCUACCAGCUGGGAUCAAGAAUCUCCACAUAGUGUUUGUGAUUCCGAGAGAACGUAUAAGGAGCUAUACUAAGGGACAGAGGGUCCCUAGUGCA